CCAGUGCAGAAAGCUGCACGCCUCUCGUUGGCUCAGCAAGACAGGUAGACUCAGCAGUAUUUCAGCAUAUCAGGUGGCUUCCCAAGGGGUCCAACCCAUCACAUUCCCAUCAUGAGACUGUCUUCCUUAAAUGCAGGAUCAGAGUAGUCAGUGCUGAGGUAAGUCUGUUAUAGAGUUCCUGUAUGCUCUGUUUUCUUUGUAUAAUUGCAUCUCUGCUCCUCGAAUUCAGCAACUCUGGCAUCAAGAUGUUGUAUUUGGGCUCUGUGGGCCAUGAGCUUCUCCAUGGGUAUCAUUGUUAUCACUGUAUACAGUGUGUACUUUGUGCAGUAAACUAGGUUGCCCCCAUGCUACCUAAACCCUUACGACCUCAGUUAGUUGUUAUGCUGGUGAUUUUACUCUAUGACUGGGCACUAGGUUGAUGACCUAUGUUUCAGACAUAUGUGAGAACAUCCAAAAUUACAAUGGAUAGGAACAUUUUUAAGGGAUGAAAAUCUUCUUUCUUCAGGACAUAAACUGAACUGUAACUGAUAGAAGGGUUAGGAAGCAAACUUCUCCUUUGGCAACAUUUUCCAGACUUUUGAUAGUUGAGUCCUAUUUCAAAUAAAUUAAACCAAUUGCUUCCCUACCCCGCUCCAUUCAGCCUCACCAUGUGUUGUUAAAGUCCCAUCCAACUUAAUUUAGACAUCUUCUAUGCUCUCCACCACCUGUUGGGGCACAUUGCCAUUCCAUGAUUGCACCUUUCUCUGAAGCAUCUGGUUCUGGCCACUGUCUGAGAGAGCAUACUGACUAGGUCUGAACUAGUGCAUUAAUUCCUGUAUUAUCUUAUUUACUUUCAUAUACUAACAGUUGAACAACUUACUCUCUGCAGCACCAGAUACCCACUCCAAACUUCCUUCUACUCUGUGCUCACUCUUGCACUGCCUUUUUUCCAUUCCAUUUACUACCUUUCUCAGCUCUCUUGCCAAUAGACUCCACUCUGCAGUCUCCAUAAGUCAGAAACAAGUUAUAUCCAACGUAGCACAUAAAUUCAAAAAAGAAAAGUCUUUACAGUACAGUAGUCUGUCUUCUGUGAGUUGUAUCGUUAUUAUGCCACUGCAGUUGUUACCAAAUACUAAACAGCUUUUUCCUCUCCCUUUUCAGUGUAUUAGUUGCUUUCCUUCAGCCAAUAUGGUGAGACUUCGGAUUUCCAGCACCAUUGUUGUAGUUUUCCUUAUGAUUCAGACUGGAUUCUUACUAUUUAUGUAUGCUCGACGUAGCAGCUUCAUCCCUCAGUCUGAAGAGAAGCCAUCUCGGGUGCACAUCCUUAUUCUCUCUUCCUGGAGGUCAGGAUCUUCCUUCGUUGGCCAACUGUUUAGCCAACACCCUGAUGUCUUCUACCUGAUGGAACCUGCCUGGCAUGUGUGGGUAACAAUGUAUCAGAACAGUGCCAAAGUCUUACAUAUGGCUGUUAGAGACCUAGUCAGGUCUGUCUUCAAGUGUGACAUGUCUGUAUUUGAUGCCUAUAUGCCUUGGAAGAGAAAUUUGUCCAAUCUGUUCCAGUGGGCAGUGAGUCGGGCACUCUGUUCAGCUCCUGCCUGUGAUUCCUUUCAACGCACCGACAUUACCAAUGAAAUGGCCUGCAAGACUCUUUGUGGCAAGUACCCAUUCAGCAAGGUGGAGGAAGCUUGCAAGACCUAUAGCCACAUUGUCCUCAAGGAGGUCCGGUUCUUUGAUCUGACAGUUCUCUAUCCCCUUCUCACUGACCUCUCCCUGAAUCUCAAAAUCAUUCACUUGGUGCGUGAUCCCAGAGCUGUUGCCAAGUCACGAGAACAAUCAGUAAAAGCCUUAGCUCGUGACAAUGGGAUUGUUCUGAGCACCAAUGGCUCUAAAGUGGAGGACAGCAAAUAUAAAGUAAUGCAGGAAAUUUGUAGAAGUCAUGUCCAGAUUUAUGAAACAGCUACUCAAAAACCUCCAAGAUUUCUAAAAGAUCGCUAUUUAAUGAUCCGUUUUGAAGAUCUGGUACAAGAUCCCUUAUCAGAAAUCAGAGACAUGUAUAAAUUUGCAGAUCUUAGACUGACCCCCAAACUUGAAAGCUGGAUCUAUAAUAUCACACAUGGCCAGGGACCAGGAAAGAAAAGGGAAGCCUUCAAAAUCACCUCCCGAGAUGCAGUUAAUGUUUCCCAGGCCUGGAGGAAUAUUCUUUCCUUCCAUAAAAUUAAGAAAGUACAAGAAGUCUGCAAAAGUGCUAUAAAUAUGCUUGGCUAUAAACUUCUGGAUUCUGAGAAAGAGCAAAAAGAUUUGUCAUUGGAUUUAGUGGUGCCAAGACGAAGAAACCAGUUCAGCUGGUCAUCAUUCAAUCCGAAAAACUAAGAGAUAUUACUUUGAGAGGGUUUUUUUUCAAAUUGUAUGUAUCUACUAUGCAAUGUGUAGGUAGUAUGAAAAGAUUUGCUGUCAAAUUUAAUCCUAGUCCUAGCUGCUAUUUUUUUCAAGUGAUGUAAAUAUUUUUUUUUUCAGUUUCACACACUGGAGAAUGUGAAACAAAUGAGAAAUGCAGCAUGAGAGUUGUCAGUUUGCAGACUUACAGCUGAGAUGAGCUGUUGUGAACACUGCAUCUUGUAAAUAUUAUAAUUUAAUAUGUUAAACUAUAUGUCUUUCAAAUACAAAUUAAUGGGGAUGGAAAAUGUCUUUAUUUAUUGAGUAAUACUUUAAUUUUUAAACCUUGAUUAAACUCAGGAUAACAUUUGAUUAAACAUUUUAAGGAAAUCUCAACAUCAUCUCAAAAACAAAUGCAUGGAAAUCAGGAUGACAGAAAUUCUCUCAGCUUUCUGCUUUUUUUUUUUUUUAGUAUCCCCUGAUUUGUUAUUGUCUUUUGUAUUCUACUCCCAACACCCUUCCAAGCUAUUUUGCAGCUCUGUGUUUUUGAAAACUUGUCUGAAUCUUUUUGUGUGUUUUAAUUUUCAAUAGUGCAGUUCAUCUUGGGAAGUCCCAGAGAACUGGGGUUUCUUCUAAAAAUGACCUAUCUUUGGGUCAGCUGUGAAAUCCUGAAUUAUUUUGUCAAUAGAUUUACCUGUGCU